AUGAAACAGCACUCCAAGCAGCAGUAUACAUGGGAAGAACAGGAACUGUCCAGCUCUUACUCAACUCAGGUGGGGGAGUAUGGAACUGCUCUCCAGGCUGCUGCAUAUGAGGGACGUAUAGAGGUUGUCCAGCUCUUACUCAACUCAGGUGCAGAGGUGGAUCUGGUUGCAGGGGAGUAUGGAACUGCUCUCCAGGCUGCUGCACAUAGGGGAAACACAGAGAUUGUUCAGCUUUUACUCAACUCAGGUGCACAACUAGAUCUGGUCGCGGGGUACUUUGGAACUGCUCUUCAGGCUGCUUCAUGUAAUGGAAAGACAAAGACUAUACAGCUCUUGCUCAGUUUAGAUGCACAGGUAGAUGUGGUUGCAGGGAAGUAUGAAACUGCUCUUCAAGCUGCUGCAUAUCAGGGACAUACAGAGGUUGUCCAGCUCUUACUCAACUCAGGUGCACAAGUGGAUAUGGUUGCAGGGAAGUAUGGAACUGCUCUCCAGGCUGCUGCAUAUGAGGGACGUAUAGAUGUUGUCCAGCUCUUACUCAACUCAGGUGCAGAGGUGAAUCUUGUUGCCGGGGAGUAUGGAACUGCUCUCCAAGCUGCUGCAUAUGUAGGAAACACAGAGAUUGUUCAGCUCCUACUCAACUCAGGUGCACAAGUGGAUAUGGUUGCAGGGAAGUAUGGAACUGCUCUCCAGGCUGCUGCAUAUGAGGGACAUAUAGAUGUUGUCCAGCUCUUACUCAACUCAGGUGCAGAGGUGAAUCUUGUUGCUGGGGAGUAUGGAACUGCUCUUCAAGCUGCUGCAUAUAGGAAAAAAACAGAUAUUGUUCAGCUCCUACUCAACUCAGGUGCACAGCCCUACAUUACCGAAAUGUUCCAUGGUGGCUUAACACCAAUCCUCCUAUCUCCAUUAUUAUUUCCAUUCUACUGA